AUGGCCUUCUCUUUUGGGCAGUCUUCUACCAGUGGCGGGAGUGGACAGUCACUGUUUGGAACAUCUAAUACACCCCCAUCAUCAUCGGGACCAAGUCUGUUUGGGGGUGCGCCAACAUCAGCAGCGAACACGGCGUCAUUCAGUUUUGGCGGAUUCAAGCCAUCAACAACAACGUCUGCUCAACCGCAAGGUCUAUUUGCCAGUGGUGGUGCAAACGAUAAUAAGCCUGCUCCUCCUACGUUUGGACAACAGAGUGGCGCCCCUGGCAAUCCUGCCUCCGCCAACAUUUUCGGGUCAAAGUCGCAGAGCAGUGAUGCUACAAAGCCAUCGUUUGGAGGGUUCGCAGGAUUUGGCACCCCAGACAAGUCAUCCACUCCUACAACAUCAGCCCCGUCAUUGUUUGGCUCUACAACCCCUGCUCCAAGCAAGCCGUUCAGUCUGGGCGCAAAUUCAACUACGCCAGCCGGGCCUCCUCCAGCCAGCUCGGCCUUUGGCGCAAGUACAGGCGGUGCCGGCGCUGGAAUUUUUGGCGCAAAACCAACCGAAGAUGCUUCCAAGCCAUCUUUUGCGUUCGGUAAGCCAGCAGCCCCAGCAGCCUCGCAACCUUCUGGAAACCUCUUUGGUGGUUUAUCCGGCGGGUUCGGUCUGCAAAAACAAGCAGAGUCCUCGUCGACAGCGACCCCGUCAAUGACUGCUGCUUCUGCCCCUGAGUCAAAGGGCUUUUCGUUUGGCCAGCCUACCUCAAAUUCAACGACCAUUCCAGCACCGGCAACUUCGCAGCCAGCUGGUGCUCCGUUGUUUGGCGAAGCACCGAAACAAACUACAACACCGAAUAUGUUUGGGAAGCCAGCAACAACUGAAGCUCAAGGGUCAGCCGCCAAGCCGACCUUUGCAUUCGGACAGCCUGCCGCAACACAGGCUUCAGGCGCAGCGACGCUUGGGACUUCUGCUCCUGCCCAAAAAUCACUUUUCUCUGGAUUCAGUCUAGGCGGCACACCGAGCACUUCACCAGCAACCACUACGGCCACCACGACUGCACCGGCAACUUCUGCGAGCCCGCUCUCCUUUGGUGCUCCAGCCGGUGCGACAACGUCUCAGCCAGCCAACACUUCAGCUCCCCCGGCAAACUCCUUCUUUGGCAAGCCGGCGACGACGACAAGUCAACCUGCCACAACGUCAGCUCCUGCUCCUAGCUUUUUUCCGCUUGCCAAGCCGGCAGCCUCGUCUACUUCACAACCUGCUACUACGUCCGCUCAGACAGCUGGGACAGCUCCUGCGCAGGCCUCGUUUCCAGGUACAAUUGGUGGUCAGACUUCAACGGCAGGUCCAACCCCGCCAGCUCAGUCCCGUCUUCGCAAUAAGACCAUGGACGAGAUCCUCACCCGCUGGGCGACUGACAUGUCCCGCUACUCGAAAGAAUUCAAGGACCACGCAGAGACCAUCGCUCAUUGGGAUCAGUUGAUUGUUGACAACUCCUCGAAGAUCGACAAGCUGUACGUGCGUGCCCGGACGUGCGAACGACAGACUGUGAGCGUGGAUAUGCAACUUACCGCCGUCGAAAACUCGCAAGCGGAACUGGAGUCCUGGUUGAGUAAAUACGAGAACGACGUGGAUGAGAUGCUCGCCAAGGAUUCUGCCGCUCCCGGUGAAAUGGCUGGACCGGAUCAGGAGAGGGAGAGGACAUACAAACUGGCGGAGAAACUGGGGGAGAGACUCGAAGAGAUGGAGAGAGACUUGGAAAAUAUGGUUGAUGAAGUCAACGCCGCGAACGCGAGCCUCAGCAGGAGUGGAAAGGGAGAUGAACCGAUCACACAAAUCGUCAAGAUCCUCAAUUCGCACUUGAUUCAGCUGCAGGCCAUUGAUCAAGGAACUCAGACUUUGCAGGAGAAAGUUGCUGUGGCGCAAAAAUCGGCGAGUCAGUUGGGGUAUCUGACCGGCUACGGGUCAUCUUCCACAACCAAUGGCAGCAACACCGGUGCAGCCGUCCAGGAUUUCUAUCGGAGUUACAUGGGAAGGAGAUGA